AUGAUGGACCACCGCCAGAGGGCGCCGCUGAAGACGGAGGAGGCGGCGCCGCGACCACGUGGCGUCUACAGCAUCGACCAGAUCCUGGGCACGGCGAGGCCGCCGCCGCCGGCCGACGUCAAAGACGACGCCGAGUGCGGCCGCGCCGAAAAUGGCUCCACGACGUCAGGUGACCUGGAAGCGGCGGACGCGGAUGCCGAUGAGGCAUGCGUCGACGCUGAGUGCGGCCGCACCGAAAACGGCUCCACGAUGUCAGGCGACCUGGACGCGGCGGACGCGGAUGCCGAUGAGGCACGCGUCGACGCCGAGUGCGGCCGCGCCGAGAGCGGCUCCACGACGUCGGGCGACCUGGACGCGGCGGACGCGGACGCCGACGAUGCACGCGGCGACGACGCCGGCAGCAAGCCGCGCAAGGUGCGCCGCAGCCGCACCACCUUCACCACGUACCAGCUGCACCAGCUGGAGCGCGCCUUCGAGAAGACGCAGUACCCGGACGUGUUCACGCGCGAGGAGCUGGCCAUGCGGCUGGACCUGAGCGAGGCGCGCGUGCAGGUGUGGUUCCAGAACCGACGCGCCAAGUGGCGGAAGCGCGAGAAAGCCAUGGGCAGAGAGAGUUCCGGCUUCAUCCACGCAGAGCAGUCAGGGUUGCCAGACUUCGGGAUGCAUGCCCAGCUGGGGCUGCCGCCACUGCCUCCUGACCCCUUCUGGCCGGGCGCCGCUCUGGGGUUCGGCCCCAUGUUCGGCCUGGGCGGCCUGCCCCCAGGCGCCGCCGCCGCCCUCGGCCUGCCCUGGGGCCCCGCCCCCGGCGGAAAGUCGCCCGCCGCCUUCCACAACCUGCUGUCGCAGUACGUGCUGGCCGGCGGCGGCCUGCCGCUCGGCCUGGGCUUCGCGGUGCCGCCGCCCCCGCCGCCCCCGGCCGCCGCCUCGCCCUCGCCGCCGCCGCCCUCGCCGCCGCCGCCCGCCGCCGAGUCGCGACGCUCCAGCAUCGAGGCGCUGCGCUCGCGCGCCAAGGAGCACCAGGCGCUGCUGCUCGGCAUGGGGGCGGCGUCGCCGCCUCCGCCGGCGCCGAAGCACUCGCCCCAGGUGCACGCCAAGUCAUAG